UAUAAAAGAAAAAAAAUUCAUUAAAAGAGUUCAAUUAAAAGAUUGAAGAUAUUAAAUUGUGGUUCAAAGUUACACAUCACAACUGAAAUUUUAGAUUAGUUUUUUUACUAUUACAUAAUUGAUAUCUUUGCAUAAUACGCUCGUGUUUUGAACAUUUUACGAAAUUGUUUGACCACAUUGAUUAUUUGACAAUUUUUAAAAAGCAAGGCUAAGGAUGAUGCGGACUGUAGCAGAGAGCAGAAGCGGUGGAGACAGAGGAGAUAACCAGAUCGGAGACUUCGUCAGAGAUGGUGGACAGAAUCCAUCCCUGGAGGAGAGCAUCAAGUUGGAGCCAUUCAUCAUCGUCUUCAGAGAGAGGGACGAUGGAGCCGUUGAUGUAGCCCUGGAGAUUGAAUCGGCGGACCAGGAGGAGAAAGAGACGACUCCACUUCUUGUAGUUCGGUUGAGAGAGGCUGAGAAGAACCGGAACAUGGAGUUUGACGUUGGAGACCGUCGUGAAAGCAAGAUGAGGAGGCUUGGCCGGGGUGACGUUGGUGUUGGAGGUGAUCUCGCUGUCGGCCAUUGGGUAGAGGAGAGCCGGCGACGAGAGGAGGAGAGGAGGAGAGAAGCUGCUGCCGGCGACGAGAGGGAGAGGCGGCGCUGCUGCCGCUGGAACUGCCGAGAGGGAGAGCCGAGAGGGUUUUGUGUAAACGUCAGUCAUUCUCCGCUAAGUAUGACUCUGCAAUCUGCCCUUUCGCGCAUUGGCCUCCGUCGUUUACCGGAAUGCUGCUCAUUGGCCGGCCGAUCAUCGGCGGCGGGUAUCCGUUGCUUCAGCGACGGAGGCCGGGUCCUCAGUGAAGAACAACGUGCCAAAGAGACCGUCUAUAUUCAGAAAAUGGAGAGGGAGAGGUUAGAGAAGAAGAAGAAGGAAGAAGAGAUGGCCAAAGCUCAGGAAGUGAAAAUGGGGAAGAACAUUGAAGAAGAAAUUGGCAAGAACUGAAGUAUUGCUUCCAUGAUUAGUUGGUGCAAAAUAAGUUUCUUAAGCAUUUACCGUGUAUUAAAGAUGCUUUGUGUAAUUCUUGCACUACUUUCUUUAAUGCUAUUUGAACUAAUUCUGUUUUCCUUUGCCUAUAAAUUUACUGGGAUACUUUAGAUAAGCAUAGGGCUACCCAUUUUCAUUCUAAAUGCCCCCUCUGUCUUUAAAUGAUUUACACACUUUAUUAUUCAAAAAUCAUGGGAACUAUUGUUUAUUUAUAUGUUUUUAUUGACUAUUUGAUCAAAUGAAAUAUUCUUGUCAUU